UUAGUGAUGGGACACAAGGUGUCACUAUGGAGUAAGAGCGCUGUUUUGGGGGAUCCCCUAACUUUCGAUCGAUGAGUCUUCGGUCUCUGACCGAUAUUUUCGUUUUAUUCUCAAUGAAAUAUUGUUUCUCUACUCUCUGUUCUGUUUAAGUAUUUUGUAUUCUGGAAUGCAAUUCUAACUAAGAUAGUCUCAAAACUAAUUGAAUAUAUCAAAUCUGAGGGAAAUUCAUUAUUUUCAACAUAGCAAAGAGUGUAUAUAUAAGAAAAUGUUGAGACAGGGAUAUUUUUUUCACAUAUUUAUGUUUUAAUCAUGGCAUCUAUUUGUAUCUGAUUUUCCAACCUCUGUUCUUUUCAAGUAUUUUGUAAUUUGGAAUGCAAUUGUCGACCAGAUAGACUUAAAGCUAUCCAGUAUUCAAAUCCGUAACUCAUUUAUUAAUAAUUCUACCAUACCAAAAUAUGAUGUGUAAGGAAAUGUUGAGGUGGGGUAGUCCUGAUAUUUUUCCUUUAAAAAUGGAAUCUAUUUGGCUCAUAAUGGGUAGUGGGUACUAUAAUAACAACAAGCAUUUUUUAUGUUAUACUAUCUUACCCUUCUAACGCAAGGUGACGUAUUUUGCUAUGAGCAAGACCCUGUAUUAAAUAAAGGUGUGACCCGCGUUUCAUCCAGUUAUUUGUAUUUGGCCCUCAUGUACUAUUAAAGGGUGCACACCCCUGAUUUAACUAGGCCACUGCGCCCACAGAUUACAUUUCCUAAAUUGAUUCCAAUGGAAAUAAAAUUGUCAGCUGUUCAUUUGUGUAAAAUGCUUAAUUUCAGACUUUUUCUUUUUUACAGACUUGUAUACUGUAUCUAUUUUUAUCUUUUUUUUCCAAUGUCAUAAUACAUGCUUUUCUUGUUUUUAUAUUAAGGCAUAAAAUAGGUUUUAGUUUAAUUAGGCCUAAAAAAUCUGCAUCCAGGGAUGCCACAUUUUAUCUGUGUUAGAUUCCAAGUUGAUGGGCGAAUUGUAGUUGUCCAUGAAUCAUGGUUGGUUGGUGAAGCCCAUUGUAGAUGGCCUCAAUCUGGCAACAUUGAAGAAAUGGUGAAAUCAGCAACCAAGCCAAAAUCUGAAUGGGGAGUUUGGGAAACAGAUAUAUUGGGAGGAGACGAUGAUUACGAAACCUGCGCAAGAAGAGCCUACAGCACCCAACAAUCAUGGGGACUCCAUCAUAAAGUUGGGGGUAGCGGUGGCGGAGGUUAUGUGCCAGAUAAAGACCUAAUUGCUGCCAUCCCUGUCCCAACCUCACUAACCCCCCAGCCCGUACAAGCGAACAUUAGGUACGCAGUGGAUUAUAUCAAUGAGCUAGGGCGAAGGAAUUCACAUGAAGUCGCACGUGAAACUCCACCAACAACAACUACUCCAACCACCACCACGACUGCUAAAAAAAGAAAAGCACCAAAUGAAAACGCUGAAGUCAAAGCGACGCUUGAUAGACUAGAAGAAUCAAUCUCUACAAUAAAUAAAAACAUUUCACUCCGAUUAAAAAAUAUUGAAGAUAAAUUGAAGCCUAUUUUACAAGCUGAACUUCUCAGUUCAGGCAGCAAAACUCCUGAAUUUGAAGAAGAAGAAGAACAAGAUGAAGAGGAGGAUGACGCUGAGACUCGGAAUCUAACAGUCUUGAGUGCGGCCACUACGUUGGAACAAUUAAACGAAUGGUUGGAUAAUCAGGACACAUUCGCAGUAUCAAAGAAGGUCACUUGUACUCAUCUUCGAGCGACUGUGCGGAAAUUUGUGAAAGCAUGCAUGACGAAAAGUGUGGCUCGGCAGUUCAGUUGGACAGGUUUCGGAAGUCGGAGACUUAAAACUAAAAUUAGUUUCAGAGAUCAUAAAGUAUUUAAUUACCUUCUUGAUGUUCUUCAUGACACACCGCAUCGCCACGCAUCACGAGCUGAAAUUGCAGAUUCGAUUAAGAAAGUACUAACAGGAGUGGGGGAUUGGGACGGCGGCCGAACUGCCAGAUUCUCAUCAUUUCCUUCCAUUGCUUUCUUCCCUUGAAAUGGAGGCUUUAAGAUGAUCAUCUGCACAGCUGUGGAAAAACUUCAAGUACUCGGCGACAAUUCGUUCUGAUCUUAAAUAAAGUGAAAAGAACUUUGAAUGAAAAGUUUUCAACCUCGCUGUGUGUCUUCUUAAGACACCUGGGGGUUCCUUGAAUGACUAAGCAUAUGCUGCUUUUACAGACUUCCAAUUUUUGCCAUAUUUAAUUCUCUAUCAAGUUUUUGUUCAAUUUUAUCAUGAAUUCUGCGAUUUUAUAUAAGAUUUGUGAACAUUUGAGUGUUAAAAUUGUUUUACUCUUUGAUCUUUUAAUGCAGUGGUUCCCAACCUCCUUCCGGAUGAGUUUAAGCACUCACGACCUUAUUGUUUGUCAUUCCAGUUGUAAUUUAUAGUGUUAUUAUGAUUGGUAGACCGAAUACCAUUAUGUUCAAACAAUUCAUGCUCAACAAAGUUGUGUGAAAUAACCUUAUCAAGCAAUGAGACUAGGAAAAACGGGGACUAUUUUUUUUGUAAAGGGAAAAGUAAGCCAGUUUUGCGCCUGGCAUUGUGGCCCUCUUUCCCACUGCUCUGUGGCCCUCUUGAAGAGGCACAGGUCACCGGUUAGGAACCACUGUCUUAAUAUUUGACAACUGGUCCUAUGAAAUGAGAACUACUGUGGCAUAUUUCAGGCCGUUGUAAUGUUAUGCCUUAUAUUUUGAAAGCUCAAAGAGAUUCUCAUGUUUCCAAUAAAUCAAAUUUGUGAACGAACAUUAAGAUAACGAUGAAAUACUGCAGAGGAACCGCUACUUACAAAAUUAAUUCAUUCCGGGAACCGUUUCUUAAAUAGAAAAUUUUGUAAGUAGAGACGCUUUUUACCUAUAAAUGCCCCUAUCUGUUCUAAACUCUGACAUAAUAUUUGUAUAAAUUAUAAAUAGUUUAAAACCUGUAAGAAGAAUUUUCGUAACUUGAAAAAUCUGUCUGGAGUCUUUCGUAAGUAGAGGUUCUGCUGUACUGAAAAUCAUAUAGAAUUUGAAUGGGUAUUGAGGAGCUUCUGUAUUCAGAUCGUUAAUGAAAAAAUAACAGAAAAAUAUUAAUUCUACAAAGUUUGCAAGCAUAUUUUUGACUGGUGGUAAUGUGGUUGUGGUUAAAAAGCUGGCACUCUUCUUCUUGGUUUUCUAGUCCCAAGUUUUAAGUGUGAAUACUCAUGGAUGAAAAUUAAAAUUCUGCCUGGUAUGCAAGUCUAAUCCGAAUAAGUGAGAAAAUAAUAUUUUGUCGAUACAAUUUAUGUGUAGCCUUAAGGCGGGGCUGUAACAGCAAUCGUAUUUGAACGGAGACUGGAAAAUGUGGAGUUCCGACUCAACCCCCCUCGCCUGCCCCCUUUGGAAAAAAAAUUAUUUUUUUGUAUCAUGCAUAGCAAUUUUUGUAACUUGUUACACUUUUCAGACUCUCGACCCAUCCCCCCUCCCCCCCGCUUGGAAAAUUUUUUUUUUUGUAUCAUGCAUAGCAAUUAUUAUAACUUAUAACAUUUUUCAGACCAUCGGGACCUUUCAAACCCACCUUUUUUGGCAUCUGGGCAGAUUCGCUGGCUGUUACCGUCUAACUUUGCAAUUAGAAUUUUAACCCUUAUUUGAAAAUUUCUGUCUACACCCUUGUUCAUUUGUAAUCCGAAAUGAAGUGUACGAUAACAAUUUUCUGUGCCACUGCUCUGUCUACUUUACUAAGUUUUUAAUAUUUUUGCCUUUUCCAAUCUGUAUUAUUUUUUGUUGUUUACAAUGAAUUAUUUUUAAAAUGUACAAAUUCUCCCAGUUUUCUCUAAUUGAAAAAUCGAGUUUUUAGAUUUAAUUGUUAAUUUUUAUCGAAUUAACUUCAACUAUUAUAGGACACUUAUCAGGCAAAAUUAUACCUAUAAAAUCAACUCCAAUAUUCAUACGAUGACUAGCUGUUUUUGCACUAACAUUCUAAAAGUUUUAUUGAUUUAUUUAGCAUUGCUAUUUUAUUAGUUAAACUCACUGGAUUAGUUUUCAAACCACAAAAUUUGAGUGCGACUUAGCUGCCACAUUUUAUCGAUAGGGCCUAAUUAAUACACUCCAAAGCAGUGGUUCCCAAGAUGGCUCGUGGCCUCCUUUCGGAGGCUUUCAGUCCUCAUUGCCCCCUGGUUAUCAUUCCGGUAAUACACUGAAUGUUCCAAAUCCCAUUAGGUUUUGUUCAAACAAUUCAUGCACAAAAAAAGCGAUAGUAACAAAGUACGAAACUUACCAACAUCUAUCCUGCUUAUAUAAAGACACUUAAUAUAAGGUAUUUGUCGUAAAUUUCGGAUCACUUGGAAUUUGGGAAAAAAAAAGGUUGGAAAUCACUGCCCUAGUACAAAUCCUUGUCCUUUGAGGAGCCCAUAGUGACUUCCUGUAAAUCUAUCACUUCCUGAUUGGGUUCAAAGUUGAGUUUUGAUCACCUAUUUCGAAUAUAUUAUUCUCAUUUGAGAAGCUAUUUUUUGUCUUUUACAGGUUUUAAGCUUAUGUUUUUAAUAAUAAUAAUUUUUUCGUUUUUUUUUUCAAG